AUGCUACAAAAUAUUACUAUCGAUCAUAUUAAAGAAGCACUUGAUCAAUUUAAUCGAGGUCAAAAAUAUUCGUAUACUGUUUUAACAGCAACUAUUAAAGAAAAUCAAACAAAUGAUAAUUGGUUAAUUCAAUUAUUAAAUGAAUUACGUGAUAAUGUUGAUUUAUUUGAAAAUAUGAAUGAACAAUUUCUUGAUUUUCUUCAGUUACAAAUUCAUUGGACAAAGCAAUCAAAAGCUGUACUUGAUACAUUUGGAACUUUUCAAAUUACACUUAUUUCAUCAAAUACAAAACAUGCACAACGUUAUCUCAGUUUUAUUUUUACACUUUUUACUGCAACAGAAAAUUCAAUAAUUCAUCUUCCAAUACAUGAUUUUGCACAUGAAACAUUACAACAACUUGUUCAUAUUGUACCAUUAUCUGUAACACUUUUAUGUCCUACUGCUGAACAACAUUUUCCAUUUAUGACAAAAGAUAUCAAUAUUCAAGUAAUAUAUAUUAAAAAUUUACUUCGAUCAUUAUCAUAUUUAUCAAUUCAAAGAUCACGUUAUCUUGAAAUAAUUGUUUCAAAAUUAAUUCGUAUAGAUGUUCAUGCAUCACGACAAGAUAUACUUCAUGCAGAAAAAAUCAAUAUUGAAAAUGAACUUGUCUUUUCGCUUGAACAACUUAAUACAAAUGAUAAUAAUGAAAUGAAACAUGAUCAUGCUGAUAAACUUGAUUGUCUUAUGUUUGUUUUAUUUGAAUAUAUAACAAAUAUAUCCAUUGAAAAUGGAGUAGUAAAUUAUCAAGAAACAAAAUUAUUAUUUAAAGAUUUAUUAAAUGUUUUUAAUAAAAUUCUUUUACCAACACAUGAUUCAUCUCAUGUACAAUUUCUUAUCUUUUAUGUUUGUAGUUUUCAUACGGUGGUUAGUGAUAGUACAGUUAGAUGGUGGCAACAUUUAUAUAAAACAACAGGUACAAUUGACUUGAAAACACCAACUGGUAGACCUCGAAUUAUACGAACAAAACAUCUUAUACGAAAGUUGAAACAAAGAUUUACUGAUAAAGGCCGACGAAGUGCAAGGCAAUUAUCAAAAUCGCUUGGGGCUUCCAGAGGAACAAUGGGCCGUAUAAUUCGAGAAGAUCUUCAUUUACAUGCUUAUCAUAUUACAACCCAACCAAAUCUCCAGGACUACCACAAACAACGAAGAAUAUCAUUUGCAUACUGGGUACGAAAAUCGUUAAGAAAAAAAGAUCAUCGUAAAAUAUUAUUUACUGAUGACAAAUAUUUUGGAUUGAACGGUAUAUUUAAUCGUCAAAAUGACCGUGUUUAUACUCCAAGUCGACAGGAAGCAGAUGAACAUGGGGGAAUAAGACAAAUAUCAAAAUUUACAAAAAGAAUUAUGGUAUGGUUAGGUGCAUGUAAAAACGGUCUUACAACUCCAAUUAUAUUUGCACCUGGUGAAACAUUAACACAUUCAAAUUAUGUUGAAGUUGUUCUUCCGCAUGGAUUAGCUGAAGAUCGACGUCUAUUAGGUGACGAUUUCAUUUAUCAACAAGACAAUGCAACACCACACACGCAUAAAAAUUCAUUAGCAUGGAUCAAGAACAAGUUCACCAGAUUCAUCGAUGAAAAUAAAUGGCCACCUAAUAGUCCGGAUCUCAACAUUUGGAUUAUCAUGUGUGGGACGCUAUCGGCCACAAUAUGCACUGGGAGAAAGUCAAAAAUUAUUAUUCUUUAA